GAGCUUUUUGUUCAGUAUUUGGCGACAUACUCCUACAAACACGGCAGAGGCAAAGAGAAGAACGCUCUGACUUACAGUGACCUGUCUCAUACUGCAGAAGAGUGUGAGACCUUUCAAUUCCUUGCAGAUAUCUUGCCAAAGAAGAUCCUAGCUAGCAAAUACCUAAAAAUGCUUGAAAAAGAGAAGCGAGAUGGAGAAGUGGGAGAAGAUGAAGAGGAUGAAGAGGAUGAAAAUGAAACUGUUGAUGAAGAUGUUGGAUCUCAAGACCAACGGAGAAUUGCUUCAUAGUUGAUCCAUUUUCUGUUGUAUAAAGGAUGAUAUUUUUGUGACUGAGAAUCCAGAUGCUGGAUAUAUUUAUAUACUGAGCCAUCUGCUUUUGCUUUGUUUAAGAAGUUUAGAAAUUGAACUUUAUAC